AUGCCCCCCGUUACGACCACACUCGAGCUCUCCGCCUCUCUCCCAUACCGAAUCCCAUCUUCCUCUACAGUAGUAGAACCCCGCGCUACAAAUGCAAGUCUAGCACCUGCGACAGCCUUCAACUCGUCUCAGGAGCCAUCACCUCUGUCGCGGAUCAUUGCCAUUGGCAUCGGAUGCGUCGGUGCGCUCGUUGUCGCACUAGGUGUUGCGAUUGUCAUCUCUGCAUAUGUUCGCAAACAACGACGACAGCCCGUGUGGGAUAAUUUCAACGCUGGUGCGCAAAAGGGUGUCAUUGGCGAACCACGUUCGGCGACGACUGGCAAUGCCAAACCUGCACCUCGCCUCAAGCCACUUUCGUUUCUUCAAGGACGUGAGGGUCCCAAGGAGUGGGUCCCUGGAAAUGGCAAGUCGAAGCGCGGUAAUGUCCCUCGGUCGAGCAAGUCGCGAGUAUCCCUUCGCAAGUCUCUUCUGUCGGCGUUAUCCAGGAAGAGUACGAUGAUUCAUCGCUCGGGGACGAUCAAGUCCUCGUCUGUUGGCCAUGGAAAUGACGUUGGCGUCCGUGACUCGCCGUCGAUGGAACGACUCGACCCGGCCAGUGUAAACGAUCAUCACCAUGCUGCGAUGAACCUUGCUGCAUCUAGAAGACCGACACAGGCGACUGUCGAAAGCUUUGAGAUGACCCAGCGUCCGUUAUCCAUUCCCGUCUCGACCUCUCUGCUCAAUCUCCCAGUCCCGACUCAGACCCAGACACGGAAUGCCAGUGUCAUCUCGCUGAACGCGAAUGGUUUUAGAGCACCGGAUAUCGAACCACCGCGUCCCGUACAUGGUCCGAAUCCUAUUUCCCCUUCGGUGCCCUCGCCAUCAGUCUACAGCCAAUCCCAUGAAGGUGAUCCUGGAAGGGCAUCCCCGACGAGGAUUAUUGGCGUCUCCAAACGACCUUCGCUCGCACCUAUCGCUGACUCGUCCACUUUGCUUUCCACCUCACUAGCUGUUCCUCGCGCUGGCUCGCCCUCACGACAACCGUCGCAUACAACCACUCCAUCGUCCAACGUACAAUGGCGCACCGAUAUCUGGUCUCAGCCAUCGUCGCUGACCGCACCUACGACUACAACGACCGUCCCCCUUGGACAGACUCGACGACCUAGUGCAGCCAACGCACCAUCGUCGUUUGGACGAUACAGUCGAAUGGGAUCGACGGCGUCUGGUGAUGGCUCGACGGAGCUACCGUAUCGAGCAGAAGAUGCUCAACAUCACCUUGACCGCACGCCCGCCGUCUCGACUGCUCGUCGGCCGUCGAAUGCGUCCAUAUCUGGAUUCACGGCCAUGCGCAGACCGUCGAGUGCAUCGUACAAGAAUCAUCAAUGGAUUUGA